CCGUGCAAAUAUAACAACAACAACACAGUUCAAGCAAAUAGGAGAAGCGAAUAACAAAACUGUGCCAACGUCGUCGCUGCUCACUGCUAUCAAAGACAAUACAAUCUCGCGAUCUCUCCCCCAAUACCAAAGCAAACGAACGGCAAGCAGCGCAGCCAGGAGGGCUGCACACAGAGGGUGCGAAAGAGAGGCAAGAUUAGCAGGCAUACACAAUACAGUCGUAUAUAAGCACGCUCAUAUCAGCGAACUGUGUGCAUUCAGCAUUCGACUUCGGCAACGUCGCUAGAAGAGCUCAAUUUCAAUAAACAAUUUCAGUCGUAUUUCGCCUCUUGUUGGAAACGGAUUAGACUCUGCAUAAGCUGUUGGGACAAACAAGUGCAUAAUAUACAUAUGUACAUAUGUAGGUUAAUAUUAUAACCACAAUAAAAUAUAUAAAAGAAAACUGUUGAACAAAAUUCACUUCAAUGUCGAUUAAUUCGCCAAUAUUGUUAAAAAACUGUGACCUGUAUUAAACAGGCAAAAAGCAAAAUAAUAUUAAAACGACCAAAACAAGCAAACAAACAAACACCAAAAAACAUUGUAACAAACAUUGCCAAACAGUGAGUGUGGCAAACAACAAAGAGUUGUUUGCUUUUUAGUUCUUCACGUUCGGUUAUUUUUUUCAUUUCUUUGUGUUUGAAACGGCAAACAAACGAACGUAACCGUUUGAGAGCAACUGUUUCCUGCAAAACUGUAAAUCGAGCAAGCCUAUUAUUGUGACUUUAAACAAAAACAACUAACAAAACCGCGAGUGUGCAACUAAAUAAAGAAAGCAACAAUUAGAAAAAACCAACAACACAAGAAAAACAGCAAUUCUGUUAAUUGGGCUUAGGCCAUUGUAUGGAUCAGUCUAAACAAUCAACGAAAUUUGGAGACGAGCCGGACCUCCUGUUCAACCGAGCGCAGGGCCGGAAUAGUCUGCAUAGUCUUGGCGCUUCCUCUGCUUCAUCAGCAGCCGCAGCCGCUGUCCAAGCAUCUUUGAAUCCAAGCGUCAACGCAUCGCGACAAUUCGCCAACAUUCAACUAGAAGCCACAUUCAAUGACUGUGAAAGUGGAUACGUGCCCACCGUGGGCCGUUGGGGUGCCGAAUGGCCAAGCUGACUCGCCGUUGCAAAUGGCCACGGCCAGCAGGACGGAGCAGCUGGCGGUGAUGGCGACGCAGUUAACGCUGCUGCAGUCAUCGCAGCUGCUGUGGGAGAAGCCACCGGCUCAGUGGAACAGCAGCUGGCGUAUGCAAUGUGUGGCAUGGGAUUGACUACCAGUGCCAAGCAUGACGCUAUUGAACAAGCUGGAAAGUCCAACGGUGGCACUCACCGGGCCAUGCCAAUGCGCACGCCCUCAACAUCCAGUGAGGAUGACGACGAAGAUAUUGAGGAGCCACAGCAAUGGCUGCCAACCGACCUAACAUCGGUGGCAAGCGCAUCGGAGCGUUACUCCGAUAUCACUCAGCUGCUGGCUAAACAGCAGCAGACGCUGCAGCGGACUCCAGAUGCCCGCUGGGCUAUGGCCGAUGGCUAUGAUCUGACUGCCUACAAUCAGAUCAACGGCGUUUGGCCACUGGGCCAUCCUUUACCGUUGCCCGAUUGGAGCAGCGCCGAGGAGCCCGCCAAGGCAGAACUAAUUUUCGAGAACGUCUGGCAAUACGAAGAGCUAACUGGCAUUAUAGAGACGGCACUGCAACGCAUGCUGGAGGAGACUCACUACAAUACGGUCAAUCUGUUUGUGGACUUCUAUCGCAGCUUUAAGCGCACACGUCGUUCGGAUCUGCGCAGCUUCUUUCAGUUCUACGAUGUGCCCAUCAAUCGACGCCACCACAUGUGUGUGUCGCUGGCUUUCGAGAUUAUAGCGCGAUUGGUGCAAAUGUUUCCACAGCUGGGACAGUAUUUGUACGUUGUAUCCUGCGAGGAGCAGGUGGUCGACUGUAAUGACUAUGUGCAGAUGGACGAGGAGUAUGGCAUGAAUUCAGCGGAUGCGGGUGUUGAAAAGGAGCACGUGAUGGUCGCUAUGCGUUUCGCCAUUGGCGAGCGUCAUGGUGUCAUGAUUCUCGAUCCUGGCUAUCAUGUGGGACGCGCCGUUACCGUCAUGAGCGAUCAGAGCUAUCCCCACACAGGCUGGUUCAAUCAAUCGAAGGAGCCGCAUCUGCAACGAGAUUACUGCUACAGCUACAGUCAGCACAGCGACAAGUUUGUGGAGUGGAAGGAACGUGAGAUACGUGGCGAUGAGGCCAGUUUCAAGACCUCCCUCAUUUACAUUGCCCAAGAGUAUAUGACCGCCGUGGAUGUGACAGUGCGUCGAAAUCUGGUUUACAAUUUCCGUUCGCUGUUGUCGCGCGAUGCCAAGGGUCGCGUCUACGCUGGUCUUUAUUUCCCACUUGUUUCCAAUGUGCAGGAGGCGCAUCUAACUCUUUUCUAUGAUGGACCCAACGAGCAGCGCGUGAAAGCCAAGCUCAUGUUUAGCGCUUUUAAAGUGGGCAAAGGCAAGCAACUGCCGGACUAUGUGCUACAGCACCUGGUAAAGCUUUCACCACAGCUGAAUAUGUCGCAACAUGAAUUGACCGAGCUUUGCAAAUCACUUUGCGAGGUCGUCUCGGAUCAGAAUUUUAUAGGCCAGGUGCUGGCUAUUAACGACGAUAUUGGUGUCAUGUCCAUGGAGAAUUGACAGUUAAAGCAACCUAAGAACGCUGCUGCAACACCAACAACAACACCAACUCCAACGCCAUCUCUAUCACCAGUUGAGGAGAUCGAGAAAAAUAAUGAUAAUGCAGCUGCAACUUAGACGUUAUCAAAACAUUUUCAAAAAAUACUUUCCAAACUAAAAAAAAACUUAAUUUAAUAGAAUUAGACAGCACUUACAAGCAAAUAUAAUUGAAUUUAGUAAUAUAUAUACCCACUUAUAAACACUAUAAACAACAACUAUACUAACAUAUAUACAUAUACACAUCACUAACGGACACUUGAAGACUUUGUAAAUCCCUAGUAUGAUUUAAUCAAACGAAAAAAUUCUCAAUUAGAAAAACGUAAAUACGAGUAAUACUAUAUUUAGAUUUUCUUUUUGAACUUUGCUUGAUUUCAAAUAUAUUUCAAUUUCGUCUAUAAUAAACAAAUUAAACUAUGUA